AUGACGGCGGAUCGUGGGUUUGAUCCGAUAUAUAGGCAUGUGGCUGUUGGCGGUACCUUUGACCAACUCCACGCCGGUCACAAGCUUCUGCUCACCACGGCAAUGUUUUACGCCACCAAGACGCUGCGUGUUGGUGUCACACAAGAGGAAUUGCUAACGAAAAAGUCUCAUGGUGCGUAUAUUGAGCCAUUUGAAACACGCUGUGCCACCGUUUCGCGAUUCCUGUCAUUCCUUCGAAGGGACAUCGACGUAGAUGUUACCGGAAUCACAGAGCCGAGUGGCGGCACUGACCGCAUCGCGGAGGUGGAAGCGUUGGUUGUGUCACCCGAGACCGCAAGUGCCGUUGGCACUAUCAACGUUACGAGGGCAUCACAUGGGCUGCCGCCGAUGCAGUCUGUUGAAAUCAGCUACGUGGAUGUCGAUAAUGACAAACAUAUCAGUUCAACGGAGUUGCGCAGACGACUACAUGAAAGGCGGCAAGGGACGAAUUAA